GUAUGUCAUAAUUUGUCAACAUCAUUUUUGAAAACCGUGUUUGUGAUUUCAUUCCUAAUAUUAAAAUUUCUACCAAAAAACCAAAUUAAUAGAAAAAAUGGUCAGCGUGCUAAAUACAAUCGACACCGGUCAUGAAGACAUGAUACACGGCGCUGAAAUGGACUAUUAUGGACUACGAUUAGCUACUUGCUCGUCGGAUAAUUCUGUAAAAAUAUUUGAUGUCAAAAACGGCAGUCAAACUCUUGCCGCUGAUUUGAAAGGCCAUGGAGGUCCAGUGUGGCAAGUGGCGUGGGCCCAUCCCAGAUUCGGUAACAUUCUAGCGUCAUGUUCGUACGAUCGCAAAGUUAUUAUUUGGAAAGAAAACGGCGGAGAAUGGAUACGAUGGCAUGAAUAUGGCAAUCAUGAUUCAUCGGUAAAUAGUGUUGCUUGGGCACCACCAGAGUAUGGCCUAAUCUUGGCUUGUGGCAGUUCAGAUGGAUCAAUAUCGGUAUUAACUUGUGUCAUAGAAUUCGGUAAUUGGGAGCACAAGAAAAUCUCAAAUGCUCAUACCAUUGGCUGCAAUGCAGUGAGUUGGUGUCCGUCAACUGUACCGGAACCGGCCUUUUCGACCAACAGCAAAGGAUCUUUCGGCAUAAAACGAUUGGCAACCGGCGGUUGUGACAACACACUAAAAAUAUGGAAAGAAGAUGGUGAUCGUUGGAUCGAAGAGCAUCGAUUGGAAGCACAUUCGGACUGGGUGCGGGAUGUGGCCUGGGCACCCAGUGUUGGACUGCCUCGAUCACAGAUAGCUAGCUGUUCGCAAGAUCGACGUGUAAUUAUUUGGAGCAGCGACGAUUUGAACAACUGGUCGUCGACGAUUUUGCAUACAUUCGAUGAUGUUAUUUGGAAUGUCAGCUGGUCGUUAACCGGCAAUAUAUUGGCUGUGUCCGGUGGUGACAAUAAGAUCAGUUUGUGGCGAGAGAAUAACGAGGGCCAAUGGAGUGUCAUUAGUGAAGAUACGAAUGGGCAUCAAGGUGGAAAUUCAGGUGAUCAGCGAGCAUUUUAAUUUUUAUUUUCAAUUUUCUUUGGAAGUGUCCGGUAAACUGUUUUCACGGUCUUCCUAUUUUGUUAAGAACACAUAUUUAACCAAUAAAUUGUACGAGCGCCCACAAUGAAUAAAAAAUGAUUUUCAGAUCUUA